AUAAGACCCAGAAGACGAUGAAGCCUACAAGUUCGUUGCCGUCGUCGGCAUGCUGGAGGGGAGGAAAUUGGUCAUUUUCGCGUAGGGGGGCCAGAGGGCAGACGACAAUCAAGCGGCCGCCGUUCGAGAUGAAGUUGAGCGGGAUACGCUGCAGUAGGGUUGUGUAACUCCCGUGCAUGCUCCAAGUGUAGCGGCUAUGAACGAUGAAGAUAUGUCAUUUUCAGUCCACAUCAGGCGACGAGGCAGAAGAAGCGACGAUGAUUAUAGCCAUAGAUUGGCCAACGGAGAGGCCUUGGACUGUGCUUGCCGUCAGGGAUCAUGCGUUUAUAAUGAUGCAACAUGGUGGUGACCUACCGAAGAACGACUUUGGCGUCUGCCAGUUGGAGAUGUUCAACGAGGGGGUUGUCCAGAAGCCGAAGCAGUCAAACCAUCCCAUUCACCAGCAAGGCGGCAUCAUGAGUCCGCGUCCAGAGCUGAAUUCGACCCUUCUCGGGUUACACUGGGACGAAUGUACCCCACGUCCGGCGGUGCGGGGGAAGAGGAAUGAGAUCCAUCGCUCCAGCGGUCCGACCGGUCUGCUCAUGCUGGGUCUCAUCGCUGUGAUCGCUGUGGAGGCGGAUCUUGUCCAUGAACAUGUCGAAGAGUCUGAGGCCAGAAGUUACGGUAGCUCGGGAAACCUCGUCCGGGCUGGCAGACAGAUGAUGACGGCAGUUCCCGAACUAUUAACUAUCACAUCAUCAAGAUAGCCUUCUUGGCAGUUAUCUCCAACAUGAUGUUUGGGAUCCUUGGGUUGUUACAUCCGGUGAACCAAGACCAGACUACCGUUCCUGUACGUGACUUCAGACUGGGCCGAUAAUGAAGGGUGCCAUCGGCCGUUGAGCGAACGGGGGUACCCCGGGUGUCACUUGAUGCCUCUUGACUGGUUGAAGAGGGUUGAUGCAUCAACUGCUCUCCUGCUCUCUCCUGUAAUUCGACAUUCGUAUCGCGCCGGUGGCGAAUGACGAUUGCACAUCGACAUGGAUGAGAGGUGCGGCAUUAUCUUAUCAAUCGCAUCUCCCAUGAUAAUAAUGGUUCCAACACGGGCAGGGGCUUAUGACGGUGUUCCGACGUCGGCACGGUCGGCUCCGGGGAUAUUAGUACUUACGCUGCAUGUCGCGGCGUGAUUGUGAUUGAUUGAC